UCUCUGGAUAUAAUUGACAUUUUAUUGCUCCAAACUUAGCUUUUCAUGUAAUCUGUAAUUGCGCCCGAAGAAAGACUUUGAUUAUAAACAUUUAUAUUGUGUAAAAUAAGUGAGCUGCAAGGGACAUUUCUUUAUAAUAUUUAAGUAUUGUUAUUACAAACAAUAUGAACCCCAAUCUUCUCACACUGUGCAAACUUCUUUUAUUCGUUUUAGUUUUAAUGAGCGUGAUUUCGCAUGUAGUCAUUGGUAAUUCUGCUAAAAAGCUACAAAUUGGAGUAAAGAAAAGGCCAGCCGAGUGUCCCAUUAAAAGCAGAAAGGGAGAUCUACUUCACAUGCACUAUACGGGUACACUGGACGAUGGAACAGAAUUCGACAGCUCUAUUCCUAGAGGAAAUCCCUUAACUUUCACCCUGGGAUCUGGUCAAGUGAUUAAGGGAUGGGACCAGGGGCUGAUAGGGAUGUGUGAAGGAGAACAAAGAAAACUAGUCAUUCCCCCAGAAUUAGCGUAUGGAGAAGCUGGUGCACCGCCGAAGAUACCAAAGUCUGCAACUCUCACAUUCCAUGUUGAUCUCGUAAAGAUUGAAAGAAGAGAUGAAUUGUAGGAGUUUUGUAAUCAAAUAAACGGUUGAUACUUUUCUACAUUG